AUGGCUUACUGCGAUUACAUGGCUGCUACAGCCUUUAAUGAGAUAGCCAAGGAUUUCAAGGACAAAGGUGGUAUCCUCUACCUCGUUGGUGCAAAUGCAUCGCUCCGAUUGGCCUUGGAGGCGAGUGGUUUUUUCAAAAAGGUCGAAAAGGAGAAUCUCUUCCCAACGUUAAAGGACGCAUUGGCAAUCGCAAGCAGAAACGAGUGA